AUGUCGUCGCCCAAAGACUCGUGGACUAAAACUCAUCUCUCAGGCAGACAAGAUGUUACACACGAUCGUAGACGUGUGGUGAACCAGCCGUUGCAAAGCCGGUACCGGCCCUACAUUGUUUGCAUUGCUGCCUUUGCCCUUUGGACAUUUUCCCCCCUCUUCCUGUCCGAACCGACAAUAAACAAUUCAUCAUUUGCUAUACGGCUCUCGUCUUUCCUCGGAAUAAAACAGCAUGCUGGCGACACGACUCUCGACCGCGACGAGUUUCGAUGGGGCGAUAUCGAGCCGAGCCCCUCACUUCAAUAUACGCCGUGCUUUGGCACCUUUCAGUGCGCCCGUCUAUCAGUUCCACUGAACUGGAACGCCUCGACGGAAGAACAAGCGAUAGGUCCGCGUGCAGCCAUUGCCGUCAUCAAGUUGCCCGCCAAGGUGCCGGUCACGGAUCCUCGGUACGGCGGUCCCAUUGUCACCAACCCCGGCGGACCCGGAGAGUCUGGGGUAUAUCAAGUUCUUAAAGAGGGGCGGCACAUUCAAACCAUUGUGGAUAGCCCCGAAGCUCCGGGCGAUGCAGCGACAUUGACUCGAGAGGUCCGCCACGGGGAAGCAGCAAAGAAUCACAAGUAUUUCGACAUAUUGUCCUUUGAUCCGCGGGGCGUAAACAAUACGACCCCAGCUCUGCGAUGCUUCCCAGACGGAUUUAAUCAGCAGGCGUGGAUGCUGGGAGAUCUCGACUAUGGUCUCUUGUGGUCGAGCGAGAGCAUCAUCGGUUACGAGUGGGCCAAGGCGUCUGCCUUGGGGGCGAGCUGCGCCAGGGAUGAAACCGAUGAUGGGAUCCUCCGUUAUGCCAACACGGCGCAAGUUGUCGAAGACAUGGUGGAGAUUAUCGAAAAGGAAGGCGAGUGGAGAGCUGCCGAGGCCCGGAGGCUUCUCUCGGACAUGAAACAUAUCGACGAUCGCGUCCAAGAUAAAGUCACAAAGCGGACAGCUCAUCACUCCGGCGAGGAAAAGCUGCAGUACUGGGGCAUGAGCUACGGCACGCUCAUCGGCUCGACCUUUGCCGCGCUCCAUCCCGACAAGGUCGGCAGGCUGAUCCUGGACGGCGUAGUCGACCCCGCGGACCACUAUGCCGGGGCCUGGCUCACCCAACUGCUCGACUCGGACAAGGUCGUGGCCAAGUUUAGCGAGUAUUGUUUCCAGGCUGGGCCGGACAAAUGCCCGCUCUAUACGGAACCGUCGCCUGCGGCCAUUGAAGCCCGCUUCACGUCAAUUUUAUUAUCGCUUAAGACAAGCCCAAUCCCUAUUACCCUGCCUAGGCCCUCGAGCGAGAGUGGCAAGAAGAAUCCUGGGCCAGAGAUUAUUACAUAUGGCGAUGCGCAUCUGUACAUGCUGAGUUCUAUAUACUUUUCCUUUGCUACGGCGGAGACAUUCUGGGACAUGGUCGUGGCGCUCGAAGAACGCAACACGACAUCCCCGGCCCUGACGGACUUGGCGUCGCAGAAACAGGCAAGACUAGAACCAGCAAAGGGAUGCACCAUUGAGGACGACAAGAAUAAAAUUAUUCCAAGCUUGCCGCGUCUACCUUGCGUAGCGCCGUAUAAUUCCAUGCUGGGUCCCAAUCAAGCCAUUGGCUGCAUGGAUAUCGGCGGCACUCCCAACGUGACCCAGGACAGCUACCGCGCGUAUCUCGAGGAGCUCACGUCGCAGAGCCGCUGGGUGAGCCCCAGCUGGGCGCGCAACAAGCUCGGCUGUCUCGGCUACGGCAUCGAGCCGGCCUGGCGGCCGACCUUCUCCUUCCAGACGGCCGAGUGGGCUAACACGUCGCACCCGCUGCUCGUCAUUGGCAACACGCACGACCCCGUGACGCCGCUGCGCAACGCCCGGCGGGUCGCGGCCGAGCUGUUCCCGGGCAGCGUGGUGCUGCACCAGGACUCGCAGGGCCACUGCUCGCCGUCCAACCCGUCGCUGUGCACCGCCCGCGCCGUCCGGCGCUACUUUCAGACGGGCGAGCUGCCGACCGCGGGCACCGUGUGCGAGCCCGAGGUCAGGCCGUUUGUGGGGUGCGUCCAGGACCACGGGUGCGCGUACGAGAGUUCCGAGGACCGGGCGCUGUGGGAGAGCAUGACGGCCAUGGCCGAUCCGUUUGGGUUGAGGAGGGAAAAGCGAGUUGAUGCUAAAGGGCUGGCAAGCGUCGGAAAUUGGAACAAGGUGUUUGAGCGGAAGAAUGUUCUUUUUCCUUGA